GAUCAAAUGGUGAUCAAAUAACCAAUAAAAACUUUCGCGAUAACCUAGGCGUUCUAGUAUUUGUCUCACAUGUUCCUACUAUUGCCGGAUAUACGAUUUAUUUCUUAGAAUUUAUAAUAGUAUCUUUUUGAAACAAAUUCCGUAGAGACCUGAGUAUCUUUACGAAGAUUUAUGAAAAGGAAACGAAUGAAAAGACCGAUCGUUUGAGGACGUAGCGAGCAUCGAAGUCACGGCACGAUGACGAAUACAGGAGGUAAAGUAGUCGCGAAUCUGCGACAAAAGUUCGUGUCACCAAACGCAUUGCGAUGGUUUCCCGGACAUAUGACGAAGGGUCUGAGGCAGAUGCAACAGCGAUUGAAAAAUAUCGAUUGCAUCCUAGAGGUUCACGACGCGCGGAUACCGAUAUCCGGACAUUACGCGGACUUCAGUAGGACUCUGACUGGUUUGAAGCCGCAUAUAUUCGUACUGAGCAAAAAAGACCUGGCUGACACAAGGCACACAAAAACUAUAGUCUCUACAUUGAACAGAGAAGGGUUGUCCAACAUAAUUUUUACGAAUCUCAAAGAUGAACAAUGCAGAGGCAUGAAGCAGAUCUUGCCCCUAGCCAAGAAGUUGAUAUUAAAGUCACAGCGUUACAAUAGAACGGAGGAGGAGUCUUAUUCCAUGAUGGUCAUUGGGGUGCCUAAUGUUGGAAAGUCCUCUCUGAUUAAUCGUUUGAGAAGCAAUCACCUUCAUCUGGGCAAAGCUACUCAUGUUGGUGCAACGGCUGGUAUCACGCGUUCAGUAUUGACCCACAUAAAAAUAUCAGAGGAUCCAGCAGUGUAUUUGAUUGACACCCCGGCGAAAAUGUUUGCGAGGGUAACGUUCUAUCCGACCUUAUUUUAUAACGUCGUUAUGGAAAAGAUUACGACUCGGAACUGGUACGAUAGAAUAGACGAGACUGUUAUACUGGGUGCCCUACCGUUUCGGCAAACGACUAAACAGUUGAUUGAUGAUGAAAAUAUCAAGGCUGUUGUGUCCAUGAAUGAAGAUUAUGAGUUAUCAUUAUUGUCCAAUACGGAGAAGGAAUGGCGCAGCUACAACGUAGAGUUUCUGCAGUUGUCUACAACGGAUAUCUUUCAAGCACCUUCUCAGGAAAAACUGCAGGAUGGUGUAAACUUUAUCAAUAAAUUUCGUAACGUAUCAAGUAAAAAAUUAGAUGAUACAGGUGUCAUUGAUGGUAAUGAACAACCUGGCACGGUUUACGUUCAUUGUAAAGCAGGAAGAACAAGAAGCGCAACAUUGGUCGCAUGCUAUUUAAUAUCAAAAAACAAUUGGACGCCCCAAGAAGCAAUUGAUUAUAUGCGAACGAAGAGACCACAUAUAUUAAUCCAUACAGCACAAUGGUCUGCACUAAAGCAAUUUUACACGAGACAUAUUCAGUCUAUGUCCUAAUAUUUUUUUAUAUAUUAUUUUAUUGAUGUUAUUUAGCUGAAUGAGAGAUGUAUAAAUAGAUAAAGGUGGACUUUUUAAAUAUUGCGCAAAAUUAUAUAUUAAUUCGAAUAGAGAGUGAACCAAUAAAAUACAAUACAAAAUAAA